GUAGCACCUAGUUCCCCGGAAGCCUCCAGGCUGGACUGGAAGUGGGCAGCUCUCCAGAGACGUGGGAAUAACCCUGCACGGAAACCUCCGCUCACCUCAGGAGAAACCAAACUUGGAGAAAAUGUUUGCGGUACACUUGAUGGCGUUUUACUUCACCAAGCUGAAGGAGGAUCAGAUCAAGAAGGUGGACAGGUUCCUGUAUCACAUGCGUCUCUCCGAUGAGACCCUUCUGGACAUCAUGGCUCGGUUCCAGGCAGAAAUGCAGAAGGGCCUGGGGAAGGACACCAACCCCACAGCGUCGGUGAAGAUGCUGCCCACCUUCGUCAGGGCCAUUCCAGACGGCUCUGAAAAUGGGGAAUUUCUCUCCCUGGAUCUUGGAGGAUCCAAGUUUCGAGUCUUGAAGGUGCAAGUCUCUGAAGAGGGGAAACGAAAUGUCCAGAUGGAGAGUCAGUUUUACCCAACACCCAAUGAAAUCAUCCGAGGGAAUGGCACAGAGCUGUUUGAAUACGUAGCUGACUGUCUGGCAGAUUUCAUGAAGACCAAAGAGUUGAUGCAGAAGAAAUUACCUCUUGGCUUAACCUUUUCCUUUCCCUGCAAACAGACUAAAUUAGAUGAGGGUAUCCUGCUUUCAUGGACAAAGAAGUUUAAGGCGAGGGGAGUUCAGGGCACAGACGUUGUGCGCUCUCUGACCAAUGCUAUGAAAAGACACCAGCAGGACUUAGAUGUGGACAUCCUGGCUUUGGUCAACGAUACCGUGGGGACCAUGAUGACGUGUGCCUAUGACGAUCCCUACUGCGAAGUUGGUGUCAUCAUUGGUACCGGCACCAACGCGUGCUACAUGGAGGACAUGAGCAACAUCGACCUGGUGGAGGGCGACGAGGGGAGGAUGUGCAUCAGCACCGAGUGGGGGGCCUUCGGGGACGACGGGGCCCUGGAGGACAUCCGCACUGAGUUCGACCGGGAGCUGGACCUCGGCUCCCUCAACCCCGGGAAGCAGCUGUUUGAAAAAAUGAUCAGCGGCCUAUACUUGGGUGAACUCGUCAGGCUCAUCUUGCUGAAGAUGGCCAAGACAGGCCUCCUGUUUGGCGGCGAGAAAUCCUCUGCUCUUCACAUUAAAGGCAAGAUUGAAACACGGCAUGUGGCUGCCAUGGAGAGGUACAAAGAAGGCCUAGCCAAUACGAGAGAGAUCCUGACAGAUCUGGGCCUGGAACCUUCGGAUGCAGAUUGCAUUGCGGUCCAGCACGUCUGCACCAUCGUCUCCUUCCGCUCAGCAAAUCUCUGCGCAGCCGCCCUGGCAGCCAUCCUGACACGCCUCCGGGAGAACAAGAAGCUGGUACGGCUCCGGACCACGGUGGGCAUGGACGGCACACUCUACAAGAUCCACCCUCAGUACCCAAAACGCCUGCACAAGGUGGUGAGGAAACUGGUCCCGAACUGUGACGUCCGCUUCCUGCUGUCGGAGAGCGGCAGCACCAAGGGCGCCGCCAUGGUGACCGCAGUAGCCUCCCGCGUGCAGGCCCAGCGGAAGCAGAUUGACAAGGUGCUGGCUCUGUUCUGCCUGACCCAAGAGCAACUGGUGGGCAUUCAGAACAAGAUGCGGGAUGAGUUUGAGUACGGGCUGAAGAAGGAUACCCACCCACUAGCCACAGUCAAGAUGCUGCCCACCUACGUCUGUGGGAUGCCGGAUGGCACAGAGAAAGGAAAGUUUCUCGCCCUGGAUCUGGGGGGAACCAACUUCCGGGUCCUCCUGGUAAAGAUCAGAAGUGGACGACGGUCAGUGAGGAUGUACAACAAGAUCUUCGCCAUCCCCCUGGAGAUCAUGCAGGGCACGGGCGAGGAGCUGUUUGACCACAUCGUGCAGUGCAUCGCCGACUUCCUGGACUACAUGGGCCUCAAGGGAGCCCAGCUGCCUUUGGGCUUCACGUUCUCCUUUCCCUGCAGGCAAACGAGCAUUGACAAGGGAACACUCAUUGAGUGGACCAAAGGCUUCAAAGCUACUGACUGUGAAGGGGAAGAUGUGGUGGAUAUGCUCAGGGAGGCCAUCAAGAGGAGAAACGAAUUUGACCUGGACAUAGUUGCAGUUGUGAAUGACACAGUGGGGACCAUGAUGACCUGUGGCUAUGAAGAUCGUAAUUGUGAGGUUGGCCUGAUUGCAGGAACAGGCAGCAACAUGUGCUACAUGGAAGAAAUGAGAAACAUUGAACUGGUGGAAGGGGAUGAAGGGAAGAUGUGCAUUAAUACCGAGUGGGGAGGAUUUGGAGAUAAUGGCUGCCUAGAUGAUAUCCAGACCCAAUAUGACAAGGAGGUGGAUGAGGGGUCCUUGAAUCCUGGCAAACAGAGAUACGAGAAAAUGACCAGUGGGAUGUACCUGGGGGAGAUUGUGCGGCAGAUCCUGAUCGACUUGACCAAGCAGGGUCUCCUCUUCCGAGGCCAGAUUUCAGAACGUCUCCGGACCAGGGGCAUCUUUGAAACCAAGUUCUUGUCUCAGAUUGAAAGCGACCGGCUGGCCCUCCUCCAGGUCAGGAGGAUCCUGCAGCAGCUCGGCCUGGACAGCACGUGUGAGGAUAGCAUCGUGGUAAAGGAGGUGUGCGGUGCUGUGUCCCGGCGGGCGGCCCAGCUUUAUGGUGCUGGCCUGGCUGCCAUCGUGGAGAAGAGGAGGGAAGACCAGGGACUUGAGCACAUGAGGAUCACCGUGGGUGUGGACGGCACCCUGUACAAGCUGCACCCGCACUUUUCUCGGAUACUGCGGGAAACUGUGAAAGAACUAGCUCCUCAAUGUGAUGUGAUGUUCAUGCUGUCAGAAGAUGGGAGUGGAAAGGGAGCAGCUCUGAUCACUGCUGUGGCCAAGAGGCUACAGCAGGCACAAAGGGAGCACUAGGAAGCCCCUGGGGUUGGGCCUGGUGUUCUUUGGCUACUGACCAGCCUUUCCUCUGGCAGAUGUCGAGACCAACAUGCAAGCUUAUGGCCGGCUUCACCUUCUGGAUGGCCAAAAGAGAACCCCAGGUUCUUGGGUACUCUUAGAAUUUUGUUACUGGCUUUCAAUGGCAUUAAAUGACUCUCUAUUUGCCAUCUUUGUACUAAAGAUGGGCCAACUUGUAAAACCAAAGCACUGGUCCCGAGAGAUUCCGUUUUAGCAAAUUUCUCAAUUCAGCUGUUAAUUUUCUGUGGCUUAGGGUCCUGUGACUGAUGGACUUGGAAGCAAACACACAAUCUGCCCAGGUGGCCUGGCUGGCUGACUUCCUUAUGGGAAUGCUUCAGUCAUGGCUUGUAGCAGAUUGGGCCAUCUAUUGGGAAUGCACAUUUCAGAGGGAUAGAGGCUCAUGUAAUCACCUGGAGAUCUACUCUGACUUAUCAUGUUGACUUCAAGCAUGAAGUGAGAACAAAAACUUUGGAGUAUUCAGUCCCAGGAAGAAACGUUGAUUGCCAGGGAUCUCAGAGGAAACUCUUCACGCUUAAAGUGAGUUAUAUCAGCGCCCUGUAGGAUUUGUUUCUCAAUACAUGUGAGUGACAGGGAGGGUGCUGUUCGGGGCACCUGUUAGUCAUUUUACAGGUGGUUUGUGCCACUGCUAAUGAUAGCUUUAUAAAGGACUAUCAGGUAUAUGAAAUCCAGUAAAUAAAAAAAUAUUUGAUUUCCCAAGAAUCUUUGAAUGAAGUUUUAAUAUUUCAUCUGGGAAUGAAAUGAUUUCAUUCCUUGGGAACUCCAUGCUCUGUUGGUGGAAGAAGAGACACAUAGAGUCAGAAGUUGUGGUUUAAACUCUCUAGUUUAAACCUCUUACCAACAAGGAGAAAAUAUAUGGACUAUUUUCUAUAAUAUCUUCAACAAAUUAUCUGAAUUUGAUUUGAAUGAAUACUUCCUGUGACCAGGGCAUUUACCACAUGAUCCUACAGCUCUUGCUUUGGAACAGCAGGAGCUGACCAGAAGAACUUUCAUCUUCCAAACUGACCCCUACCUCUCUGGAACUCGGCCCCUCCUACAUGCCCCAUCUGUCUAUUCUACCCUCCAGAACUAAGAGGAAUUGGCCUGUCCUUGACCUUUUCCCCACUGGAUGUCCUCUCUCUUUUUCUUUCUGUUCAUUUAAUUCCCCGCUCCCAUUCUCUAAACCACCUGUAAUCUUCUACCUUAUCACAGAGUUAUCUGUACACAUUUCUUAUCAGGCCUGGUAGAUUGUAAGUGCUUUGUUAGAUACAUUUUUGUUCUGGCCCAGUGAACCCAGCACUGUGCCAUUCCUAUUAAAUAUUUCCUAGAUAGAGGCAUGAUUGAAAUAAAGUCUUCUAAGAAAUUUUUCUUAGAAUAAGUGUAGGCCAUUUUCAUGGGUAACAAACUGAAUAGAAUGAUAUUUGAUAUUCCAGACCAUGCAGGUUGAUUUAUUUCAUGUACUUAAUGGUGCUAAUUGUCUCCAUUUGCUAAAGCAGGACAUUCAAACAGAUAGAACGGAGGAGGCUGGAGGGAGGGUAAGAGAGAGUUCAGUUGAGGCUUGGGGACAGAUGAGGGAGUUCCCUAGGAAAUAUUUUUUCACACAUUUAUGAAAUAGGUAUGGAGAUACUGUUGUGGACAGGUUUUAGAUUUACGAAAAUGAACUUUUUUUUUUUUUGCAUUGGCAUUAUACCUCUCUUCAAGGAUGUUGUGUGGGUUUGUUAAAUUACCUUUUUGCAUUUUGAGGUUAUGCCUCCUUGGGGAAAUGUUUCACCUUAACAGAUUUUGCUUAGUUAGCCCCAGACCUUGUUGUCCUUAUUAUCUUUUCCCCAGUUCUGCUAUUCCUAAGAUACCCCCAGCUCCAAGUCCCUUUCUCUCCUGAUUCUGCUGGGGUCUCUCCCUUUGCCAUCCUGCCUGGAUGGAUGACCUGGCCCAGAGAUUCAGGGAUCUGUACCACCACCUUCUCCCACCACCUGGUCUUUCAGCACAUGUUUGGCAGGUUCGAAGUCACCUGGCCUACUUGUCUCUUGGGUUGGUUUCUUGCAAGAAAGAGAAGCCCCAAGGUAUCUAGGCAACAUUCUGACUACUGAUAGCAUCAUAGAAUCCUUGAACCAAAACGGAACUGCAGAGAGGGCAGAUACCCUUUUUGCCGUCUUUGGACUGGCCAGCCCCAGAAACACCCGGGGCAAUGGAGGGCUAACUUCUCACAGUUUACUAGGCAGGACCAGCAACCACACAACAAGGUAAACUGUCCUCACGCACAUCCCACAGGCUUGUCCUCUUAGAACAGGCAUUGUUGUCUACGUUUUCUACUUCUGUGGUGACUCUCCCAGUCACUUUUUGUCCAGAAACAACUGAUGAAUGUAAGUGUAAGAACUAGAGUUUCCCCGUGACUAUGACCCCAGAACAAAUGGGAUCAUUCCCACUCUCUCUCUUCAGAAAUCUUGUUUUCUCUCCUCUCCAUCAGACGGAAUGGGUGCUCCAUGAGAAUAAGCAGUUGGGUUUCAUUUCUCCUGUUGUCCCCAGAGCCUACCCCAGUGGCUGGCAUUGAGUACCACUGGACAGUUCUCUAAACGAACAAAUGAAUGAAUGCUCAAACAAGCAUGUGAAUGAAUUUUUGCUCUCCUUUGAAUCACUCCAUUCUUCUACCCCACCCAAUGGGACUUGAGCCUUAUACAAAAUACUCUAUAAAUGAUAGCUCAACAAAUGCUGAGCCCUGUUCUAGGCACUGAGGAGCCAACGAAUAUAAGGUACCAUUCCUGCUUCGUGAGGACUCACAGGCUACCAGGGAAGGAAAGGUAUAUAAAUAUAUAUGAUACAAUAGGGUAAACAGGAACAAGGUGAACAUGCAAUUCAUGACCAUGUGCUGCAUCCUUUAGAUCAGGAACUCAGUCUGUGUGUGUGCAUGCAUGUGUGUGAACGUGACCAUAAACCCCUUUGGCAAUCAUGAGAAAUCUAUGGGUCCUUUCUCAGAAUGUUUUUAAAUGCAUUAAAUACCUAGGAUUACAAAGGAAGUCAGUGGUAGUGAAUUAGAAUUAUUAGAAUAUUACAUUGGCAGUGUAUUAAUAGACGUGCUUAUUGUUAAUGCAUUCUAUGACAAACCUAAUAACAAUCAUAGUUUUCCUGAUGAGUGUAAACAGUAUUUUGAGACAUUUGCAAUAAUAGCUCGUAUAUGAAAAUUUCCAUGGUUUUCACUGGAGAGAAAGUUA